GCUUGGGUGGCAUGACCAGCAAGCGAAUCACCAUCAACAAGAUUCUGUCCAAUGAGAGCCUUGUGCAGGAGAACCUGUACUUCCAGCGCUGCCUGGACUGGAACCGCGACAUCCUCAAAAAGGAGCUGGGACUGACAGAACAGGACAUCAUUGAUCUUCCCGCCCUGUUCAAGAUGGAUGAGAAACGCCAGGCCAGAGCCUUCUUCCCAAACAUGGUGAACAUGAUCGUGCUCAACAAGGACCUGGGCAUCCCCAAGCCAUUCGGGCCACAUGUUGAGGAGGUAUGCUGCCUGGAGACCCAUGUGCGUGCCCUGCUGGAGCCCCUGGGCCUUGUCUGCACCUUCAUCGAUGACAUUUCUGCCUACCACAAGUUUCUGGGGGAAGUCCACUGUGGCACCAAUGUCCGCAGGAAGCCCUUCACCUUCAAGUGGUGGCACAUGGUGCCCUGACCUGCAGGAGCCCUCAUACUUCCCUCCUUCCUGAGUUCUCCAGACUCCUCACUCCCCCUAGAUCCUCCCCCUGCCUGACAUGGACUGAAGGACCCUGCUGGGAGACCUUGAAGAAAUGGGGUGGGAUCUGGGGUAUCUGCACCUGGUCCUCCCUGAGAAGGGCCUUGGUGUCCAUUGAAGACACCACUCUGUCCUUCCUGAAAAUAGCUGGGCAUUUGGCCAGUGUCUGUAUAGCCCCAACAUGAGAAACAAAACAAAACAAAACCAAAAAACAUGUAUCCAAACCAUUCCCAAAGAAUUCUUAGUCUCCAGUCCCAAACCGAAAGAGGGGGGAACAGAAGGAGGUCUUGGAUGGCAACUUCUCCCAGCAGCCAUGCCCCGAAGUUCAAGAUAGAACACAUGGAAAGGGACCCUGUGACCCAAGAUAUACCUUGAACUGCCACCAUCAUUUCAAAUUCGCCUCCCUUGAAGUUUCCAGGUGGCCACCCCCAAUUGUUCAUUCCUUACCAGCCUCUCUUUACUCCCU